AUGACACUGCAAGGGCGAAAUGCUAAUCUGAUAGAUAGUGCUGAGAAAGUACGCUCUUUUUUGAACAAGUUAUGUCUCUGGAAGAUGCAUCUUCAAAAAAAUGAAUUUGCUUAUUUUUGUAAUUUUGCCAAAACUGCUCCGAGCUCAGAAGUAAUCGCAAGCUGCACUGACCACUUGAAAUGCUUGAAAGAAGAUAUGACUAGAAGAUUUAAAGAUAUCAUCGAAAUGAAUCCGCCUAGUUGGAUUAUAGAUAUAGCACAUUUUGACGUAUUAAGUGAAAAAGACAUUGAUCCUAUUAUUGCUGGAGAACUUCUUGAACUGAAGGAGAACAAAGUAUUAAUGAAAAAUAUUGAAAGGGAUGGCUUAUAUGGAUGGAUGAAAGUAGAAUCGAUUCAUCCAUUACUCUUUGAAAAAGUUGUUCCGUUUGUACUUGGCUUUCCCACCACUUGGUUGGUUGAGACAGGAUUUUCUGCAACAAACGAUUUACUCACAAAAAAACGCAAUCAAUUGCAGAUUGAGAAGAGAGGAGACUUACGUUUGAGGUUGAACCAAGAUCUGGAAAUUCAACUUGACAAAUUGAUAGAUAGACAUCAAGAGCAGUGUAGUCAUUGA